AGAUAAAAAUAAAUAAAUAAAAUAGAAAUUUUAAAGUAAAUCAUGGGUUGUAAUACCAGUCAAGAAUUGAAGACCAAAGAUGGUUCGACCGCUGCCAAUAAUGCCGCAAACGGUAGUGAACAGAAUGAAGAAAAUGUGGUAACCGAACAAAACGCUAACAAUGAAGUCGAACCAGUACAUAAGGGCGGUACCCCAAACACUAUUAAUGAGGAAAAAUUGCAGCCACAUAAUAAAUCAUCGGGACGCACUUUAUCAUCAGCGUCGGCCAUUUCUGUUACCACUCAGCCACCACCGUCAUCAUCACAGCCAUUAUUCAAUCAUGGUAAUCACACAAAUCAUUCAAAAACAAAUUCAAUUGUAUCGAACGGCGAUGCCAUUACCAUCAUUAAUCGUCAGUCUUUAACGGCCAAUACAUUAAAGUCUACUUCAUUGCCUGCCAAAGAGAACGGUUCAUUACCCCAGGCUAUAAAUGGUAUUUCCGUUAACUAUAAUAUAAACGAGAACGAUGAUAACAAAUUUGUCAGCGACAAAACGGAAAUAUCUGAAUUGAAUGGCAUCGAGAUGGGUGAAGAUGAAGCAAAAGCCGCUAUUAAAAUACAAGCCGCAUUCCGAGGACAUCAAGUUAGAAACACGAUGAAGAGAACCGAAACCAAAACCACUACCAGCAGCAGCAACACUAACAAAGCGAGCACCAAUGCAGUAAACAAAUCAGCUAAUGCUGCUCUCGCUGCUGCCGCUGAAGCACAAGAGCCAACUAAAGCUGAAUUGGAGGCAGAAUUCGAUCCUAACGACAAAGAGCUUUGCGAUGCUGCUAGAAAAAUCCAAGCUACUUUUCGUGGUCAUUUAACUCGCAAAUUGGUUAAAGACGAUGACGAUGCUAUACCAGAAGAUGUUGAUAUACAAGAGAUCACUAAGAAGGUGGCCGAGGAAUUGGAUAUUGAUUUAAGUGAUCCCGAAUUAAAUAAGGCAGCCACCAAGAUUCAGGCCUCAUUCCGGGGUCACAAGAUUCGUAAGGAUAUUACACCAGUUGAAUAAAAAACAUAAAACCCACGCAAAACACACACAACAACAAAAAAACAAAAAAAAAAAAAAAAAAACAAAAGAAAAAAACAAUAGAAAUCCUUUCAGAUACACUUAUUAAUUGAGACUCAUUGGCGGUUGGGCGGAAGACGGAAAAGAGAGGGAGCUGAAAAAAUGAAGAGCGCAGUAAAACUAAAAUAUAAAUUUAAAAGUAUUUAAAA